UCCUCGACUCCCGGCACGGCCUCGUCCUCCUCUACGCCGCCGCGUACCUAGUCCCCUUUGAUGUCUGCGACCUCGUCGCCAACAAGUGGUGGGAGAUCGAGGCCGUCCCCAAGUGCCGCGACACCAUGCACUGGCAGGACAUCUACGAUGGCGUACUGCACUGCAAUGCCACGGUGCUCUGCGCCAGAGACCGGUGCGACCACCUCGACUGCCAUGGCGGCGGCCCUUUUCUCGUGGCCUUGGUGGGCUCUGCGGAGGAAGGAGGCAUUGCCCUCGCCACUGCCUACUCGUCGGAGACUCGUCAGUGGAGCGACAAGAUCUCUGUUCGGAGCCCGGGUCUUCAGAUCGAUGACGGAGGGCACACUGCUGUGGUGGGAACUAAGGUCUAUGUCCCCAGCUAUGAGUGUGACAGCGUCGUGGAGUACAACAUUCGUGAGCAACGGCUAUCCGUGAUCAAUGUGCCAGAGAGCCUGGACGAGGCACACCUUGACCUCAUAGGCGCGGAGGACGGCAUGCUGCUGUUUGCGUCCGUGCUCAAGUCUAGACUCUAUCUAUGGUCAAUGGAGGCUGGUCCUAGAGGAGCCGCGGGAUGGGCGCGACGCAGGGUCGUCGAGCUCGAGCCAUUGCUCCCUCCCCGUGCCCUCUUGGACAUGUCGGACUCGGACGUGUGGGCGGUUGGUUUCGCGGAAGGGGUUAGCGUCAUCUUCCUCAGAACACCGGCUGGGUUGUACGCAGUUGAGCUUAAUUCAGGCCGAGUCAACAAUGUGGGUAAAUUUAGCAUUGAAAAGGUCAUGCCCUACACGAGCUUCUGCACUCGAGGUACAAGCUAG